AUGGCCAUGGGACUGCAAGCCAUCAUUUUACUCUGUGCUGUUGUGGCAGGAGCUUCAGGGAGAUCCUUGGAGAGUUUAAGUUAUGGAGCUUCCUGUUUUGCAGACUGUGUAGGACACAGUGCAUCGUACUUCCCCAGAAGAGGUAGAUACAGUUACAGGUAUUCAGCUGUCACCAGCACAUUCCUGCAGGGAAGUGUUUACAACAGCAGUGGCAUCUCUCUGGAGAGCACAGUGAUCAUUGAGGUGCAAGAUGUACAGAUUAAGAAAAGUCUUGCAUCCAGAGAGGAGCCUCUGAAGGAAAUGGACAAUCUAAGGGAGAUACUAGAACAGCAUCCUCUUCUUUUUUCUUUCCAUGAUGGGAAAGUUCUGAAGCUCUGUCCUAUGAGGAGUGAACAGACCUGGGCACUGAAUAUAAAGCGAGGAAUUCUCAGUGUCCUGCAGACAUCACAAGCAUCCACUGCUAGUGCAAUUGUCGAAGAGGUGGAUGUUCUGGGAAUAUGCCCAACCAGGUAUCAGCAAAAAGGUCCUAUUCUUGUCAAGACAAGGGACUUAAACCUCUGCUCUCAUCGGUACUCCGGUUUUACUUCUGUGCAGUCUGUUGUUCUUCCUCAUAUUUCAUCUGAGCAGCAGAUCCUGUCCUCCAAACUGGAAUGUGUUCAGAGCAUUAAGGAUGGGGUCCUGACAGAGGCUAAAUGUGCUGAUUCCAACCUUGUUACACUGUUCUCUCAGAAGGGCAGUGGGGCAAAGACACAGACACAAUCUUCACUGGAACUCUUUCAAGUGGAAGCAGAGACGCUGUACAAAAAAGUGGACCCCGAGGAUCUGUAUGUGACCAGUAUGCUCUAUGAAAGGGAAGAAACUGAGAGGAAAAUCACUGCAGGGGAAGUGACUGAACUAGUGUGGAAGCUUUGCUUGGCACAUAGUGCAAGUUUUGAGACUGCAGACCUUUUCAUGACUCUAGUCUUUGAUCUUCGACAUCUUUCUCUUGAGGCCUUAAAAGCACUAUGGCAAAGAUCUUCAUUUAAAUGCAGAGACAACUGGCAGCCACUAACAGAUGCUCUCCCAUCCUGUGCUACAGAGCCAUGUGUUGUCCUAAUGAAAGAAAUUAUAACUUCCAGAGAAGUUGAGGAAGACAAAGUGGAAUAUUUCUUCUGGUCAUUUUCAUUCAUUCCUAAACCCACCUCAGGCAUGAUCGAAUCUCUUGCUCCUUUGCUGAAGUCACCAGGAGCAAGCCAGAGCUGCUUCUUAGGAGUAACUGCUCUCUUACAUAGAUUUUGUUCAUCUUACAAUUCCUGUGAUGGUGUACCCGCUGUGCAGAGCGUGAUGAGGACUCUUGGGAAAUUUUUGGGAGGAAACUGUACUGUGCAAGAUUCAGAACGACUCAGUGAGAUGCAACUGGUGUUAAAAGCCAUUGGAAAUGCGGGACUGGCAGCAGCUUCACUAGCUCCUGCUUUGAGCUUGUGUGCUUCCCUGAAAAGUAAUCCGAUCGAAAUUCGUCUAGCUGCUGUCCAGGCCUUCAGGCGCAUUCCCUGUUCUGUGAGAAAUGAUUUAUUAAUUCAGCUGUAUCAAGCAACCAGUGAAGAUGUGGAAAUAAGGAUUGCUGCUUAUUAUAUAGCAAUGAAAUGUCCCCAUGAAGAGUUAUUUAAACAAGUACAAAAUACUUUACUGAAAGAAACAUCCAGUCAAGUGGGCUCCUUUGUUUGGAGUCAUCUCUCUCAGCUCCUGGAGACAGAUGAUCCAUUGAAGGAGCACCUUCGAGAUUCUAUUCCUGAUGAAAUCCUUAGCAGAGAUUUUGACCAGGAGUCAUGGAAAUACUCCUCAUAUUCUGACGCCACAUUCCACUCAGCUGGUGCAGGUGCAAAUAUGGAAGCAUCAGUGGUCUUUUCUCCUGCGUCUUUUCUACCACGAUCAGUCAUGACAAAUAUGACUGUUCACCUUAUGGGACAGGCUAUAAAUCUACUGGAGGUUGAUGUACGAUUAGAGAAUGCUGAAGCUCUCGUGCAGAAGAUUUUUGGGCAGAAUUCUGCUACUUUCAGUGACUAUUUUUUUGCAAACACUAAUGAAAAAAAACACAAAUCAGAAAACCCAGAGGAAACAACAGGAAAAGUCAAGAGGAAGAAGAUGACUUCAAAGCAGUACAACCCCAGUGAUCAUCUUGUGACCAAGUCUGGCAAGCCAAAGUUGAGAAAAGCUAACCAGAAUUGUCCUGGUAGAAAGUACAGUAAGAUGAAUGAGUUAGUCAAAAAGUUCACUGAGAGAACAGUGAGAAAGGAGGCACUGAAAUGUGAGCUAAGCAUGAAAGUCUUUGGAAAUGAACUUAGCUUCUUGGAUUGUGAAGAUUUAAGAAAAAAAAUGAAACAUUAUUCUUUAAAUCUGGCUGAGUUGGCUGUCCAACUUCUGAAGGGGCAAGAGGUCCAGUUUAAUAAGAGGCUGAGUUUGGCCACUGAAGAAUUGCAAUUUCCAGCAAUUUCAGGCUUUCCUGUUCAGCUGGCAGUCAAUGCCUCGGCAGCAAUUAACAUAAAAUUCAAAGGGAAUGCAGAUUUCAAACAACAAUCGGAUUUCUUUCUAAAUGGCUAUAUCAAGCCAAGUUCAUUUGUCCAGCUUUCUGUCCAAAUGGGAACUGUGGGGACUCUGGGACAAGCUGGCCUAAGCUGGUUAACAGGUGUGAGGACAUCUACUAGUCUUGACGGGGGAAUCCAGGUAAAAAAAGGGCGAGAACUCAAAGUUUUCCUGAACACUCCAGAAGAAUCUAUGGAAAUAAUUAAUUUCAGCUCUAAGCUGCACUUCACAGUGGUGGAUGAGAUGGAAGAUACAGAUGUUUUCCAAGACCACACAGAAACCAGAUCUUGCAUUAGAGAGGAUGUGUCUGAGAUUAUUGGCUGGCAGCUGUGUUCUGAAAUGUCGUAUCCUGACCGAGCCAGCGGUUUGGCUUUCCCCCUUACUGGACCUUUGAGAGUGGCUGUCACAUUAACUAAGCAAGACAGAGGCCUGCAGCAGUACGUUGUGGAAGCUGCAUAUAACUAUAUUCCUCAGGAGGAUUCAUGGAUCCCAAAUGAAGCUGUCCUUCACUUCUUCAUUGGGACUCCAAAGUCAGACUUGAAAAGGGAUGUUGGUGUUGACCUAAAUUUUAGUAUCCCACAGAAGAAAUUCAGAAUUCAAUUUAUACAACCUAAAAAAAAAAUCAAGAUUGAUGGGAGAAUUGAGUUUUCUAAAAAUUCACGAAUUGGACACCUGGAGCUCAUAGUAGAUGACCGAGAUGUAUAUUAUAUUAAGGGAAUGACUGAUUUGCAGAUACUGAGUGGAGAACACAGAUACAUGACCCAACUGGAGGUAAAACUGAUAAAGCAAAGCAGUCCUGUCGUUCUGUCAGGAAACAUCACCAAACAACUUGGCAAGAAGAUAGCUUUUUCAGUAUCCCUGAAUAAUUUAUUGAAGGAUGCUGCAUUUCUUUCAGCAUUUCUGGAGAAAAAGGUUGGUGAUAAGCUGAGACAAUAUUCAUUGGAAGGGGAGGCUUACCUUCCAGGUGUUCUUGGAGUUCACGUCAUUGAUCUUCUCCAGCAACAUGAGGGCUUAUGGUCUCAUGGUUUGAGGAUAAAAUAUGGACUCCUAGGAGAGGCAAAAAACCUUCAUCAUGAGUGCAGUAUGCGGCAAAAGAUUAAAGUGGAGACAGGUGCACGUGGCGUGUACAAACUUGAUAUUGGGCAUGAAUUUCACUGUAUGCAGACUCCGACCUAUAAUCACAAGGUUCACCUGAAACAUGAAGCAAGUGCAUCUUGGCUUUCCUCCCGGAUGGAAGUGAACUAUGGGAAACACUGGGAUGAAAUAAGCAACAAAAAGAAACUGCUGAUCAGCCAAACAUUUAAGAACAGUUCCAGUUCAUCUCUAGUCAACUAUUUCAUGGAGUUUACCAUCCAAGUCCUGGAAAAACAGGUGAAUUAUAGAACCCAGCUGCAGCAUUCACACAACUCUCAGGUUUAUUUGCAGAGCAGCACCAGCUUUGAGGUGCAGUAUAAUGACCACAUGCCAUUUGUGGCUGGGCUGCAAUGGAAAGACGCUUCCAGAAAUGGUCUGAAGAACUGGGAAGGUGGAUUAAAUAUAGACACCCCAUGGCUAUAUCUGUAUGCAGCUCACAAACUACAUCAGUCUCACCAUUCUACUUACUUAUUGACUAUGAAGCUGACAACUGGAAAAGCUCUCUCCAUCAAGAAUCUCAUAGUGGAACUGUUCUACAAAGAUCAAGACAAUGAAAAGGAAGGGAAAGUUCACAUUUACACACCAGCUACUACAUACCUGCAGGCAUCCACAUUUAAUCAUUUUGGGAGGAAUGUUCUGCAUAGCUACAGUGAAGUGAUAUCUCUGUGGAAUCAGCUUGUGAAGAAUGAGAUUCAUUUGGAGAAUAAUGAACGAGCCAAAUUUCUCUGCUUUAAGAUGAAGUGUACAAAAUGGGAAUUUAACUUCACAGCCAGCUAUCAGAAUCUGCCAAUGCCUAAGACAACAAACUUUUCUGUGAAGACUGUAUGGAAAGGUUAUAAAAGUCUGCCUGUCAUGCUGCGGUUUGAAGGUCAGAUAGAAGAGCGGAAGAAAAAGAUGCUCUAUCAGAAACGUGGAACCUUCCAUUUCAGGCAUCCUUUUAAAGUCCCCAUUCUGCAGAGCUUCCUUCUGCAGGAGACAUUUACUGUUGACAAAAAGCAAAGGCACUAUUUAUUGGAAACAAAAGUUUUGAUAAAUGGGGUGGAGGAAACAGUUCAAACUUUUACACUUGGUUACCAUCCUGAAAACCCCUAUAUUUGUGCUGGCUUAACUCAUCCUUAUAACUACAGGUUGUUCCCCAAAGAUGUUGAAAUAUGCAUAUUUACUCAAAGUCACCAAAAUGUGAAGCAUGAGCUUGAGACUACCUUGAAGGUCAAUAAGGAAGAUGUUCUCACCUUUCUAGGGAGAUAUCAGAACAAAUCCAGUGAAACAGAUUUUAGACAUCUUUUACGCAUGGAUGUAACACAUUCAUUCCAGAUUGAGUUUCCACAAGCAAUGGACCUAAGUGGGGAGCUCUUUUCCAGGCAGACUAAAAUGGAACACUUUGACUAUGGUAUGAGCAUAAAAACCAUCAUCAACAAGAAUGUGUCUUCACAGGCCCAGGCAGUCCUAAAGAGUUAUGGUGAGAGCAAUUUGAAUGGCUCUCUUUACCUUCAUUCCAGUGGAAGAGACAUGCUGAUGCUGGAGCUUGAUAUGAACAAUGAAAACAGGAAGAAUGCCAAAGUUGUUGAGUUGAGGGCUUUCCUGCAUCAGACAAUCCUGACAAACCCAGAAUCAAUACAGUUUGAACUCAUGGGCAAAAUAUUUCCAUCAAGACUUUUGAUAUCUUCUGAGAUGAAGCUUAAUGAAAAUAGGCUUCACAUGGAUUUCAUGGGAGCCAAGGAGCAGAAAGUUGGUUUUGUUUUGUCCCUGAAUGGAAGAAUCCAACACACAUUCGCUGUAUUAAAGGCCAUACCUCAUCUUCUUUCUCUAAAUGGAUUAUUGAAGUGCAAAAACAACAUUCGUGAUGGUAACAUCAAUGUGAUGGUCAACAAAACACAGUAUGGACUCCGUCUCAGAAACAGAAAUGUGUUUGGGAAUACCACCAUACACAGUAUUGCUUUUGCGAUGUUUCAGAAUGGCAGUCACGCAAUCCCAAUGGAGACAAAACUGAAAGGACACCUGGAGCUGAGUAAAGAGAUGAAAAGGGGGCUAGCUAGCUUCCAGGUGGAUGAGAAAGCCCUUUCUCUAGAUAUUUCCAAUAUCAUGAGUCAUGGGCACAUCAGAGUCAAUGGGACUUUGACCCAUAAUAUCAGCUUUUUAAAAAAUGCAGGACUGCCCUUGGAUGGCAUUCUUACUGCCAUGAGUGACCAUGGUACAAGAAAUCACACCAUUACGAUAGCCCUACAGAGUGGCAGUGAAAGGAUUACUGCUGUGUUUGGAGGUCACAGACUGUCCACAGAGCCUCCUAAAUCCCAGCUAUCUGUGAGUUUAAAGCACAACAUUUCAAAGAUAAAGAAACAUGGGAUCCCUUUUAUUGUGGAAGCUGCUGGCUAUUAUGAGGGUACUGAACGCUCUCAACAUGUUUUGGAGCCAGAAGGAAUUAUUGCUACACAGCAUUCAGAAGAAUUUCCCAGAAAGAUUGCUGCAUGGAUAACAACCACAGUGGAGAUGGAACAGCUUAAAAUUGAAAUAGAGAAGAAAACCACUGGUAGUGGUAUGGAAAUUUCUCUUUCACUUCACCAUGAUGUGGGAGGACUGAUGGACAUUGUUCCAUGCAUACUAGAGGUUGCUUGCCGUGGGGAAUCUGCUAACAAAGAACUUUCUGGCCUUUGCAAUGGAGCAAUUAUGUUUCAACAUUUUGAGACUCCAGCAAGAGUUUCACUGAAUGGGUCAAUUUUUACCAGCAACUUUACUGUCAUCUUCUUUGGACAUGUUUCUUUUCAUGACAUAUUUGCCUGCCUGCAACUCAAUGCCACCACUAACAUCCAGCCUCAUUUAGAAAUGGACUUCCAGCAUUCUUUGCCUUCACUUCAGUCUUUGGGAAUUGCCAGAGAGAACCAGGUGAAGGUGUCAGCCAUGAGAAGUGACAAGUAUAAGGCCAUGCUUGGUGUUGUCCUUGGGCCUUGCAGUUUAAAUGCUGAUGGAGAAGUGAGCCUGGCAAGCAAUGAAACAGAUACAGAAUGGAUACUUACUUUUAGAAACAAGUGUUUCAGCCUAGAGAGGAUGGGAUUGCCUCAUGCUGUAGCCUUUGGGGGCUCAUUUCAACAGAACAUCUGCAGCGUUGGCUUGUUAAUGAACCUCCAGUGUGAUGGCAGAACAGUUGAUGUGCAGAUAGACACUUCCUGCAAACACGAAUAUAUGCUCCAAGGGAUGCUCAGGCAUUCAGUUCACUGGCUGAGUCAGCUUGGGCUGCCUUUUGAAAACUCUGUCCUGUUAUCUGCAGCCACAGACUCCACCACUGAGGGCAUUUUGUUGCUGCAGGCUGGCAAAUGCAAACUUAAAGCUAGAGGAGAUCUGUCUAUUUGGAAUAAACCUGAAUGGACACUGGAAACAGAAACAGAAUGUCAGCUUCUGCAGGAGCUCAGUAUUCCAACUCAGUCACGGCUCACAGGAUCUAUCCAUAAAGACAAGUGUCAAGCAGAACUUCUCUGUGUCCUUGAAACGGAAGGCAAGACUGCCCAUCUCGAAGUGAGAGCAGAGUGCAAGCCAAAGAUUAUUCUGGCAAUUCAAUUCAGGCAUGACCUCCCUCAACUGAAGGAAAUCCCAAGGGAAAAUAAGGUGUCCAUCACUGCACAAAAACAGUUGAAAUACCAUAUUGGAAUAGGAAUGAAAUCGGGUGCUUGUGAGCUUCAAAUGAAUGGGGACUUCGACCCUGAAAAGAAGCUUCAGUGGAAAAUAUUUAUAGAAAACAAAUGCCAAACAAUUCAGGAUCUUGGAGCACCACUAAAAAUUGAUGGUUCAGGAUAUGUUUUGAUGGAUAAAAUGAACCUAGAUUCACAGACAUUGAUCACUGUUGAUGAAAAUAAAUUACAAGGACUCUUUAUACUAAAAGUCACUGAUGAAAGACAAGAGUUGGAUGCGGUGCUAACCCAUAACAUUCAAGGAGCUGCUGACAUCGGCAUUCCUAUGAGGAUGUUAGUUGAUGUUAUAUCAGAAAAAAACAACAACUUCUAUAAAAGACUUACUCUCUUCUGUGUGAACAGCAAGCAAAUUACAGAAGAACUGAGCUUUGUCCAGAAGUUGGAUGUUUUGUCUCUUAACUACAAACUUACUCAUAACAUAGAGGCACUGAAGACAUUGCAAAUAAAAGACAGGAUUGAGUUGCAGGCUAUCUUAAACCUGAAAGCGAUCAAGAGCUUUCAUACUAAAGUGCAUUAUGGUGCUUAUGUAACAGUUUUGGAAGGACAAAUCCAGGAGUUUGAAACAAGUACCAACAUAACUGGAAACUUCUAUCAUACUUGGCCGUGGCUGCUACAAGCCAGAGUCCCAUCAUCUUUACAGGUAGAUGUGUUUUUUCAAGGGAGAAAUACUACUCAGGAGAGAUAUAUGCGCAUUGCAGCUGGAGAAACAUCAAUCACAUACAUACUAAACUCCUAUUAUGUUGGUCACCAAGUGGAUAUCUUUUGCCAAAGUGUACAUAGUAGCGAGGCACUACAGGCGUCUGGAUACCCUAAGGCAAUCAACUUGAAUCUCAUUUACAGAAAUCAGGUAGGUACCUGCCAUUCCUUGCAGGUUUCUUCUGGCUGGAUUGAUUUUAUGCAGGCGGUACUGAAAUUCCUUGAAAAUGAGCCCUUCAAAAUGGCACUGUUUUGUUCUGGCUAUUUAGAAAACAAAGCCAAGACUAUAUGUGAAGUCCAGUGUGACGACAAAGAUAUAACUGUGACUGUGGAUGUUGACACAGACUUUCAGUUCUCUGGUGUAUUUGAAUUAAUGGCAGAGGUGAAGCAUUCAGUAUCACUUCUCCAUCACCUGGGACUUCCCUUCUUUCUUAAGAUGACAAUUCAAGAGGUCCUGACUGAAAAUGAAAUUGAAGGAGCUCUGAGGCUGACCUAUGAACAAAACACUAACUUCUCCUUUACCAUCAGUAGGAAAAAAGACCAACAAGGUGAAGAGUUGAAUAUAAAAGCACUCCAGACUCAUCCCUUAUUUCUACAGUGCUUCCCCAGUGCAGCAGAACUGUCUUCUAAGGUAAAUUAUGAUAUGAGUGAAGCAAAAGGCAAACUCUAUCUCAGGAUGGAAAAAAUGGAUUUCAGUGUUACAGCUAAGCUAACUUUCACUGGAGCCAGCUACACUAAUGUCAUUGAAAUAAUCCAGACAAUGUCCCAGUUAAUUCUUCCAAGGCAUCUUGUGUUUAUGACUGUUUACCAGAAGGGCAGCAGAACACGUAUGCUGAGACACACUGCUCUGUGGGAUGGCAAGGAGAUAAAGGUAACAGGCACUUACACUGGACUCUUCCCAAAGUUGCCUGGAGGUCAUGACAUUCAGGUGGAACUUUUCCAUCCUCUCUCCAUCCCUUUCCCAUGGCAUGCCAGGGUCAACUUUUAUGUGAAACAUUCUGCACGCAGUCACCGGGAUGAUCUUACUGUCAUUUGGAAUGAGAAGGACCAGGUACAGCAGCCCAGAGCAAAUAAAUGUCAGGAGAAUUACAAGAAUAUCAAGUGGUUCUUUUUUUCGUCUUGUUUUAAAGGGCUUACGUACAUAAUUCCUCUGAGGAAAAGGAAUAGGGAAAUCUUAAUGGAUAUAUGUUUGAGGUCAGUGGGUGAGAAGUGUUUCAUUUCACAUGUUCCUUCUACAUCUUUUCAUAUGGAUCAGAUACUAGUGUCAUCUUCUCUGAAGUUUGGAAGAGACCGUAUGAACUACAGAGCCACUGUUGCCCACCCAUUUAAUUACACUCUGAAGAAAGUGGAGAUCCAUUCCCUGUCAGAAAGAAGAGGCAGAAAGUACAACCAGCAGCUGCAGCUCACAGGGAAUGGUGGGCAGCCUGCUGACAUCCGACUGACCCUGGAGGAUAAAUCAAAGAUGAACAUCACUGCCUGGAAUGGUUGUAUGACACUCUCUUCAGGUCAGCUUCAGAGAGUAUUAAGUAUGGAACACCUGCAUGCAUGUGGGUCUCUAGAGCAAAGAUCAGCUUUGUUUAAUGAAUAUCUAGAUCUGAACUGGGAUGACAAAAAAUUCAAACACAAUUUAACAUAUGAGAGAAAUCCAUUCUUGUAUCCUGAUAAAUUUCAGUUAGAAGCUGUUCUGGAAAAUAUUUUCCUGACCUCAUGCACCAAACAGAAGAUUCUGGGUAAAAUAGAAACAAACUACUCCUCUUGCCUGGACUAUCAUAUGAGCUUUGAGUCCUGUGACAUUCCAAAUGCAAUUGUUUUCUCUGGAAAACACCAGCUCAACAAAGAUGACAUCAUUUUGCAAUCAGAGGGCAGAUUACACCUUGCUGAUCAUGGGAGAGAUGAGGGGUUGAUUGGAGUAUCCUUAAAAAAUCAGAGUACAGCUGAUGUGAAGAACUAUUCUUUGGAAAUUGAAUUAAGAGCCUUUGAAGAUAUCUGGCUAGGCCUGACAGGAACUGCUACUUCCUCAUCCGUUCAGAGCCAAAUCCUGGUGGAGGGGAUUUUUGAUCAGAAAGAGAAAGUAAAAUUAGCUGCAUCUAAAGGAGAGGAGUGUUUUCAGUACUACAUAGGGUAUUUGAAAGGGGAUUUGGAAGAAGGAAUGGAAGUCAGUGCUUGUACUGAUGGGCAACAGAUCGCUACUGUUAAUACCUAUCUCAGCAUUAAUGGUGAAAGGCAAGAAAACAUGGGACAAAUGACUCUAGCAGCUGUUAAUGGAAGCUUGAGCUUUCUGGCUCACGGAUGCGGGGAUCCAGUUCUUAAGGCUGAGCACAGACUUAAUGAAAUUGGGAGCCUUUUGAAAGCCAGACUGAUGGAGAAGAUAAAGAAGCUUGACGGAUAUAUGUGGAGAUUCAGGAGAUCAGUGCAGCAAGUUGAUUUUCUGUCUGAAGCAGCUGGCUGGCCUUCGAUAGCUUUGCAAAAGGUAGCAGGAUUCCUCCACAGUGUGGGUAGAGCUGUCGCCCAGGUGUGGAAGCAAAGUGGAAUCAGGCAGAUACUGAGAAGCAAGCUCCCACUUUAUCUGGAUAAAAUUCAAGACAUUGUCCAGCAAAUGCAGAAUGAAUUGCAAAAGCCAUUAGCAACUUUGAAGGAUGCCUACUAUGAUGUAACCUUGAAGCCACUGGAUGAAGUUUGGCAAGAGAAGACAGAAGAGUACAUGAAGAAAAUCCAGGCUUUUUUACCCAAGAUUGUAAAAGAUGUGUGGCUAAUGGAACCAAUCCAGGUGGCAUUAAAGGCUGUGAAAGCAGGCUUGGAUAUGACCACCCAGCAGAUGCUCAGGUGGGCAGAGGCCAUGUUUUCCAGAGCUGUGAGCAAGAUCCGGAAGCCCCUACUCAACCUUUAUAGUUUUUCAGCCAGGAACUGUUCGGUGGCAGUAAAACUGCCCAUACUUCCUAAAGCAGACUGCUCCCUGGAUCUGGCAAAUGUUACUAAUUAUCUCAUUGAAGAAAAGCUAAUGAGGCCUCUCCAGGACCUCUACAAUAUCAACAUAGUUGCACAGUAUUAUAGAUUCAAACGGAGGAUGAUGGAGAGUCCCUUUGAAUAUCAUGCUAUGUUAAUGGGGACCAAGCAUAUUAUGACUUUUGAUGGAAAAUUUUAUGAUUUGGCAUCAAAGUGCAGUGUACUUCUUGCCAAGGAUUUUGUUCACAAUACUUUCACUGUAAUACUAAACGAGGAAACUAGUAACUUAAGAUCACUGUAUGUGGAGAUGAACCAGACCGUGAUCACUGUCUACCCAAGACUGAAGAUAUCCAAGAUAUAUAACUUUUCCUUUAUGGAAGAGAACUGCCAAGUACUGGAUCAACCCCUUGAAAAUACCACUACUAAUUCAAGGAGAGAAACCAACAAAAUAGAAGUGUCUAAUCAGAAAGGAGUUUCUGUCUCUUGUGACUUUCAGUAUGAUCUCUGUACUGUCACUCUGGCUGGGUGGCACCAUGGUAUUUCAGCUGGGCUUUUUGGUACCAAUGAUAAUGAAGCUGGCAAUGAAUGGAUACUGCCUAAUUGUUCCUUUACUGACAAUAUGCAAGAGUUCACCCAGAGCUGGCAGGUAACGAGGAAAAAUUUGCAUGUAUUUGUUAAAAAUCAUACAAGAAUUCGCUGUCGAUAUGUGUUGAGCUUUUUUGGCCUAAGUGGUAAGUUCUCAAUAUUAAUGACCAAUAAAUGUCAAUCAGAGCCUUAUACUGAGCUACCUGUAUCUUCCUUCAUACCAUCUCACAGUAGAAAUCUUAAGAAUUCAUGCUACAGAUGUUUAAAAAAAAAAAAAAACCAAACUCCAAUUUCAGUAAUUCUGUUUUCCCAGGUGAACAAGUGCAGUCUUGUACAGAAGAAAGUGAAGCCGUGUGAAAUUACAGCUAAGCAAAAAGUCUGUAAAGUGUUUUUUGAAGAAUCACAUUCACCUCUUGGGAACUGCUUCAAAGUUGUGGACCCUGCGCCAUUCUACAGCAUGUGCACAGACGACACCUGUGACUCACAGGAGUUGAAGGCUGCCUGCAGUUUAGCAGCAGCUUUUGUCCAUUUGUGCAACCGAAAUUUUGUCCCUGUGGAAAUUCCUCAUCAGUGGUUUUUUCUUAAACUCAGUCUCCACUGGACAUUCUGCCUACAGUACCUUCUUACAACUGUGAUAUUCAUUGACUACAAAUUGCUAUAUAAACGAUGAUAUAUAAAUAACGAUAACUUGUACCACUUGAGCAAUAUUGACUGUUAACAUAUUGCUGUCUGUUGAGAUGACCAAGAACAUCUCCAAAAUUUAUUCUUUUAUUCAUCUGCAUUAUGUUAUUCCUUAAACAAAAGGACAACACCUUCUCUGAAAUUUGCUACAUGCUUGUAUCUUUUCAUUGAGUGAGAACAUUAAAAGGAAACACACAUAUAAA